GUUUUGAUAUGACCUUUGGGGGUCAUGUUAUGAUUGUAUAAGCAAAUUCUGUCACUCAAACAGCUGAGUGAUCCUGAGUGCCGUUGUUCCUGACAUAACAGACCUCUCAACAUGACACGAGACACGGAUGGACACUGAGUAGUCGGUCGUGUGACAUUCUGGGAUGCUGUGACAGAUGACAGUGUGCAGCUAAGAGAGGAGGAUGUUUGCUGUCUGUGGACGUCUGAAACACACCAGGACUGGUGGUCACAGUCCCCCUAGCUGGCAACUUGUCACCCAGUGCAUCAGGCUGAUGUCCCGGACCCACUAUGAAGUCCUGGGUGUGGACAAAUCAGCCUCCUCAGAAGAUGUUCGGAAAGCCUUCCUUCAACUCUCUAAACAGCUGCAUCCUGAUGUUAACAGAAAUGAUCCAAAGACUCAUGAAAAGUUUGUAAAAUUAAAUGCAGCAUAUUCUGUGCUGAGUAAGUCAUCUGAUCGCCACGACUACGAUGUGAGCCUGGCAUCACACCUCCACCACAGACACAUGGGUGGAUCCAGGGCUCCCCCCUAUGGUCCCUCCCCAAGCGGGAACACAGAUGGGGAGCCCUUCUGGGACGAGACGAUCUGGCACAUGCGCAACCACAGCAAGGAUGCAGCGUAUGAAGAGAAGUCUUACUACGGCAUUCGUGGCAUCAAGAAAAUGUCCAACUUCUCCAUCGUUGUCUGCUGCAUGGGGCUGAUGUUGAUAGGAGCUACAGUUCACUACUUUGCGAUUGUAAAAACCACAACACUCCACAAGAAUCAUCUGGACGCCAGGGACAUGAAGUUUCAUGCGAUGUACUCUCAAGCCAAGGAGCAGGCCAGAAUCAAUGGCAAUGAACUUCAACUCAAGAUUCUCAAGGCAAAACUGAGUGGGAAGCCUGAAGAUGUCCAGUAUGCCGAGAUAGAGGCAUUCGGGGACAAGAAGAAAUGAAGGAUUCAGGUCCUGUAGGAUUCGUCCAUAUUUCCUCCAAUGCUGAGACAACCAGGGUGGUGACUUGCAGUGCUAACAUCUUCCUGGUCUGACACUGUUGGACACUGUUGGUCAAUGUUGGACACUGUUGGUCACUGUUGGACACUGUUGGUCAAUGUUGGUCACUGUUGGACACUGCAGAGGAUGAUGAUUUCAAUGUGUGACCUAGUUUAUGCAAGGGCAGGUUGUCCUUGCAGUGUGAGAAGCCCACAGCCUAUUUCCUACGUUGUCAUAUAAAAUAUCUCCUUUAUUAUUUAUGCUGUCAAUCAGCAAGUAACAGGUAUUAAUUUACCGCCCUUGCUGAAAUCCUCUCAACUCCAAAGGCAAGAAACCCUCUCCUACAAUGACCUGUGUUCAUGGGUUCACGACUACUUCUACUGAAGUCAAAUGUAAGCGCAUCUCCAAAGAGCAGUUUAGGUUUUAUAACAUAUUUCAAACAGUAUUACCGUAUUCAACGUAAUAAGCGCCCAGGGCGCUCUCAAAAUUAGAAAUAGGGUGCUCUUAUUAUAAUAUAAUUUUGGUGAAAAAAAACCCAGAGUUGAAAGAUUGAAAAUUUCGUGGUUUAUGCUGACAGCCCGAAAUGAUACAAGAGAAAAGUCUGUGCGUAUUAUACACGACAGAUAUAUUUUCCAGAAUAUAAUUGCCAUAAUUAAGGGUGCAUACAUAUAUAACACACGAGUGUGUAUAAUACACGAAUAAAUAAGUCUUGUGUACAUUGACCGGAAGGGGUGCUAAUUGGGAUUGUUCACUAGCCAAUAUAUUAGCAAAUAUCGCGGUGGGCGCUUAUUAGAGAGGGGCGCUUACUACGUCGAAUACGGUAAUAGUCUUUGUAGCGAGAAUUCUUUUUUGACAAAACGGACAUAUUAGUAAUUAAUUUGCUGUGGAGCCUACACAAUAUAUUUGAUGAGAGACCUAGUCUCGAAAAGACAAUAAAUAUGUUUUAGGAAAUCUU